AUGGAACAAGAGAGAAAAACCUUAUUAAUAAAGUCAAAGUCAAACUACUGGAUCAUAGAUACACUAGAAUCAACAUGGUUUUCAUGGAUCUUCAUUGAUCAAUCAAACCCAUACAAAGUUGUUCUAUCAUGGAUCAUUUUUUUCAUAUUUACAAUUGGUGUACCCAUGUUGUCACAUAUUGUGUUUCAAUGUAACACUUGUGACAAUAGUCAUCAAAGACCAUUCGAUAUAAUCGUUCAGUUAUCGUUAUCGGCUUGUUCGACACUGUCUUUCAUCAGUUUAUCAGGUUUUGCAAAGAAAUAUGGAAUCAGGAGAUUUUUGUUUCUCAACAAGUUGCCUGAUGUUAGUGUUAAAGUUCGUGAUGGUUAUUCUGAUCAGCUUCAUAGAUCAGUGAAGCUACUUUGUGGAUUCAUCGUUCCAUGUUUUGUAGCCGAUAGUGCUUACAAGAUAUGGUGGUUUAGUUCUGGCGGAAACCAAAUACCUUACAUUUUCAACAUGUACCUAAGCCACACUGUCGCGUGUGUUCUGCUUUUAUCAUCUUGGUUAUACCGAGCAUCACUCUUCUUUCUUGUUUGUGUUCUCUUCAAUCUCACGUGUUCUUUACAAAUACUUCGGUUAAAGGAUUUUGCUACAGUGUUUGAGAAGCAAGCCGAUGUGGGUUCAAUAUUGAUGGAACAUCUUGCUAUUAGAAGAACUCUGCGUGUCAUAAGUCACAGGUUUCGUGCAUUCAUUUUGUCAACUUUGAUCUUGGUUACAGCAAGUCAGUUUGCUUCCCUGCUUGUUACAACUAAGGCUGGCUCACUUGUUAAUAUUUCCACUGCUGGAGAACUUGCGUUGUGCUACUUGACACUUGUAACUGGUCUAUGCAUAUGCCUACGUAGCGCUGCAAGGAUUACACACAAAAGUCAAUCUGUGACUAGUCUGGCAGCCAAAUGGAAUACGUGCGCCACCAUUGACUCGUUUGAUAAUGUUGGUCCCGUUGAAGAGACUCCCAUGGCUAAUCGCGACAGGACUAAUUACCAUUUUAAUGCACAUAUUGAUUCAGACAUGGAUGAGGUAGUAGACGAAGAUGAAUUGGACAAUACAAAUAUGGUUCCAGUUUACAGGGACACAAUCUCAAAUCAAAAGAGACAAGCUUUAGCAACUUAUUUUGAGAACACCAAAGCUGGGAUCACAGUUUUUGGUUUCCUGCUGGAUAGAGCAACAUUGCGUAAAAUCUUUGCAGUUGAAAUGUCACUCACACUUUGGUUGCUCAAAAAAACAAUCAAUUUCUCUUGAAAGAUCUCUAUAAAUCGUACCCAUUAAGUCACUUCGCUUUUCAGAAAUUUUGGCUCAAGAAAUGCUGUAGGUAAACCAUAUUGACAGCAACUUCAAUAUCAGUAUCUAGUGUAUUCUUAACAUGUACUAAUUAGAAUAUGAGCUUGAUAGAGAUGAAUCUGUAACAUCGUCAACUUAGCAUCACUUGGCAUCCUUCGAUUGGCCACUCAUUGAUCAGAAUUCUAGUCUUUUGUCAGCUUGGCCUUACGUGUACAAAGCCAAUUCGCAUGCCACAGUCAGUCAUAUAACCAAAUGUCUCAUUCUGGAGAUAUAAAUUCAUGUAUUGUGAUGUAGUCUAUGGGAUUAGUACCACUUAACAUUCUAUUUGAGUUAAUAUCCUGUGAUGUGGUGAUGUUUUGUGUACUAUUGUGAGGCAUUGGUAUUUUUCAUGGUUUUAUAUGCACAAAGGUAUAC